AUGAGGGAAGAAUCAGAAAAUGAAGGAAGUAAUUUAAAUAUUCUUCCAGGUUUUCAUCUAAAGUCAUUGACUUUUCUAUCAAUUGGUAAGGAACGGUUGUAUUGGAAUGAGAUGGGUGAAUUAGAUCUUGUUUUAUGUACAAUUACUACUUUACUCAUAUGGCUUUUUUGGCAACAAUUAGAAAAAGUAAAGUCAGAGCAAGAACGAAGAAAGUUUACGAAAGUUAGAAAUAAAAAGGAGGCAAAGAUAAGUGAGAAAGUUACUAGAGAAAGAAUUGUCAUUGAAGAGAGAGAAGUUAAUUUCAAAAAAGUAGCAUCACUUCGUACUCCUCUAUCAUUGCCAACAUCGCUUCCACCAUCUCAACCUUCAUCAGUUUUAGCAACAAAAACAGCUAUUCCAACAAUAUCAACUGAAUCAGCGAUUGAUAUCAAUCUCUCAUCACCUUCACCGCUGCCAUCUCAUCCUCCAUCACAACAACCUUCAACAAUUUCAUCAGCAGCAACAGCUAUUCCUGAAAAAUCAACCGUAUCAUCGGAUGAAGCUAAACAAGUUCGGGAAAAUUUUGAUAAAUCAAAUGAAACUGGACCAGAAUGGGGUCCAUUUGAUAAACAACAGAUGCCACAGCAAAAACCAUGGGUAUUUGAAGGUGAAGCAUAUUAUCCGCCAAAUUUCUACACAAUAGCUCGUCAAUCAAGAGAAUGA